UGGCGCUACCGCCAUGUUGUUGAAGGGCGGACUGCAGCAGCGCGAGCGACAGAGCGAUCGGCCGUUAGCGGGGGAAACGCCCAGAAGCUUCUAGGCGCCGGCGCGCGGGUGCGGCUGUGGAGCUGCCAUGAAGGUAAUCGGCCCAAAAAUGAACAUUCGGUUUGAAGAGAGGAAAUGAUUUUACCAGAAGACGUUUUUCAACAAGCAUUGAAAAAUACAAAGAUUCUAAGUGGUAUUCCCAACAGUACCUGUUGGUUUUAAAAAUCAGUAGUACUGUUUCAUUUGUUAAAGGUGGCCUUUUCUGUGAGCUUUCCUUUUGUCUGGGUUCAUCAUGACUACGUCAGCUAUUAGAAGGCAAAUGAAAAACAUUGUAAACAACUAUUCUGAAGCUGAAAUUAAAGUACGCGAGGCAACCUCCAAUGACCCUUGGGGACCUUCUAGUUCCUUAAUGACUGAAAUUGCAGAUCUAACAUAUAAUGUAGUAGCAUUCUCUGAAAUAAUGAGCAUGAUUUGGAAACGUCUCAAUGACCAUGGCAAAAAUUGGCGACAUGUUUACAAAGCUCUUACACUGCUCGACUAUAUGAUUAAAACUGGAUCAGAAAGAGUUGCACAACAGUGCAAGGAAAACAUAUUUGCCAUACAGACUCUGAAAGACUUCCAGUAUAUUGAUAGAGAUGGCAAAGAUCAAGGCAUAAAUGUGAGAGAGAAGUCAAAGCAGCUGGUUGCUUUGUUGAAGGAUGAUGAACGGCUGAAGUCUGAGAGAGUCCAGGCACUUAAGACAAAAGAGCGUAUGGCUCAAGUAGCCACAGGAGUAGGAAGCAAUAAUCAAAUUACUUUUGGUCGUGGGUCUAGUCAACCUAAUCUAUCCACAAGCUAUUCAGAACAUGAGUAUGGAAAGUCAGGAGGGUCGCCUGCAUCAUAUCAUGGUUCAACGUCUCCACGAGCUUCAUCAGAAUUAGAACAGGCUAGACCACAAACCAGUGGAGAAGAAGAACUUCAGCUGCAGUUGGCUUUAGCCAUGAGUCGGGAAGCAGCAGAACAGGAGGAUCGUCUUCGCCGUGGUGAUGAUCUUCGACUUCAGAUGGCCUUGGAGGAGAGCCGCAGAAAUUCAGCUGUAGUAGUGGGUAGCACAGCUCCAAAGAAGAAAAAGGCAUCCAUGGUUACUCUCAUGGAUCCCUUGCCAACUGCAGCAACACAAAAACCUGUAGUGUGGGGAGUAUCUGUUCGACCUGUUUCUAUAGAAAAAAAUGACCCAUGGGGAGAAGCAAGCAGUCCAGUAGCAUCAGAUCCAUGGCAAUCUGUUGAUACCAAGUCAACUGCUACUGUUGAUCCUUGGGGUGCUCCAACGUUAUCUGCCACACAGGCACUUCCUAAAAAUGUUGACCCAUGGACUUCAGAUACUACCUCUGCUGUUCUGAGGUCUUCAGCUGAUCCAUGGGGACCAGGUCCUUCAACUGAUUCUGUUUUGGGUAGUGCAACUUUUGACCCAUUUAGCACAUUAAAUGGUGCAGCAAAGGAUGACUUUGCUGAUUUUGAAGACCUUCGAGCUUCAUCAAAAAAAACAGGUGAGAGUGACAUGUUGGAAGAAAAUUCUAAACCCAGUGGAUCAGUUAGUCCAGAUUUAUUUGAUUCAGCACUUCCUAGUUCAGCACCAUCAAAGCAAACAACAGCUCGAAAAACACCAGAGUCCUUUCUGGGCCCUAAUGCAGCUUUGGUGAAUCUGGAUUCCCUGGUAUCCAAGCCUGUGCAACCUUCCAGUAUAUCAAAUCCUUUCCUGGCUUCAGCGCCAGUCCAGGUCGCUCAGAUUAAUCCCUUUCAAAUUAAUCAGCCACAGCCUCCUACACUGAACCAAAUGCGAGCAAGUCCUUUGAUGGCCUCAGGACAGACUACGUUUGGCAGCUUACCCGCAGUCAGUAUGGAGCCGAUGCCACACACCUCGAUGUCAGCACCAGUGGCAAUGGGAAUGGUUCCAGUACCUGUUAUUGGUCGAACGGGUACAGGGAUGAACAUUGCUGGAACAAUGCCCCAGCCACUUAUAUCAACAGGCAUCCCUCCACCUACAUCCCAGACCUCUACGACUAAUCCUUUCCUAUUAUAAAAUACCAGAGGAAAUAUCUUCAUUACAGAGAAAAACCUUAGAUAGGAGUGUGGCUAGCUAAGUUAAAUGUAUUUUAGACUGCAAUAUGGCUGUGGUGAGGAAACCUUCACAGUAAGUUUGGGUUUUGCUGUGUUGAUUUUCAUGAAGUGUAUAUCUACAGUGGUUACUUUACACUAUUUUCUAAAGAAGCUAUUUGCUGCCAAUGGAGGUAUCAUAUGGUGACUGAACAUGUAGUUGAACGUUAGUAUUGUGGAUUUAAUAUUCACAUCUAAUGAAUCCUCCAAUCCUUAAGUGCAUAUUAUAGUUUGUCCAAAGGUAACAUAGUGUUUUGUGUGGUAUAAUCACUGUUUUGCAUAUUUCACAAGUCACCUGACUAUUGACCUGUUUCAAAGAAUGUUCGACAGGCCACAAUGACUGUUUUCAGGAGUUAGAAAUUUGCUUCCUAAUCAUAAAAGCAAAUAUGGAAUUAACCAAAAUCAGAAUAUCAACAAGCCUACAAAAUCCUGAUUUCCUAGCUGAUGGAUUGAAAAUAAUUUUACACACCUGUUCAUAGCAGUAAGGCGUUUUUAAUCAUGCUAUAUUCUGAAUAGGCUGUCACAAAAUUGCUUUAGAAUUUGGACUCUUGCAUGCAUCUUUUAAUUGCUAUUUGAAGUAAUAUUCUUGGCAGUAGAUUCUAUUUAAGCAGAAGGUAUCAGUUAUUGUUCAGUAUUAAUAGUACUGAUAGGAUUGAAAUUCCUUGUAAAAUUGUGAUUAUUAAAUAUCAUUGCAAAUGAUGAACAAACCAUUUACACAGUAACUUGGUGGAGAUUGUUUUUAAGUGGAAGAAAGCUGCAUGCAUUAGUCUUUUUCUGUUAUUGAAAUCUAAGAUUUGCUAAUGAUGACAAUGGCUAUUCUCUAGAAUAUUUAAAAACACUUGUCUACAUGAAAGGUUGUAGUAUUCACCAUUGUUAAUGAAACUGAGUAGAGAUUAGUAAAAUAGAAUUUAAAAAAGAAAAUGUACAUCUGUGUAAUUUUGAAAUCUAGGUGCUUAUUUUGUUUUAUUUCUUUUAGAUUUUACUAAGUAAAGCAACCAUUAAGCUAAUUCAGACUCAACAUUGGUAUAUGCAGUUAAUCCUGUAUAUUUUGCACAGCUUUUUUUAAAUAGAUGAGUCUUCAUGUAAGGGUUAAAUAGCCACAUUUUAGAGUCUGUAAUUUGCAACCAUGUUGUAGUUUACAAGUUUUAUGCUAUUUUUAAUCUUUGUGUAGGGAUUUUGGUAAGAUUUUGCAAUCGUGUUUUUUAUCUGCUUUAAAACAUUGUGUUGACAGGUGCCAUGAAAUGUGCGGUCCAAAUUGUAUCUUUGCUUCAUUGUUGAGUUAAGAUUAAGCUCUACAUUUUAAAAAGAGAAAAAGGAAUCCAGUCAUGAGAGUUUAUUUGUUGUUUUAAAUGUGUCAUGUUGGUUCAACACAAAGGACAUAGCAGUUUAUAAAGUUUCAUAAUGAAAUUUGAAAAUAAGUUUUUUUUAAUAUAUGGAUGACCAGAUGUGUAUGUAAGAAUAAAUUGCUAUGCAGAGAAGAUUAAAUAGCCCUAGAUUGGUAUUUUAGUAACUAAAAGGGGCUGACUACAGUGAUCAAUCCAUGCACUGCUUUUAAUGAAUAAGGAUUUUUCUCUUACAAAGACAAGUGGGUUAGGACAACCGAGAGUUUUUCAGAGUUUGAGUUUUUUUUGAGGGGUGGGCUAAGUAAUGAGUUUUGUAGACUUGACCAACAACACAUUAGUAUUGUUUUAAAGGGAAAACGAAAAGCUUGGAUUUAGUUUACUCAUUCAAAUUAGUUUACUUCCAUAAGAAAAAAAAAAUAGCCUUCAUCUUUAUAGCAUUUAUUAAGUAAUAAAAAUAUGUCUUGGAGUGGUUUACAGGGUAGUGGAUAAUGAGCAGUCUGGAAUUAUAAUGGUGAGGAUCAACACUUGUUCAAUGUAUUUCCACUUCACAUUUCUUCCAGUAACACUUGACAUGCACGUAGAAGAUUUCACACCCCAUUGGAUAGCUAUCGAAAUAAUCUGUUGCUUUUUUUUUUCUCGCUUGCUCAGAUCUAUAUUCAGAAGUAAUUUUUUUUGUUACCUGUCAUCCAGAUUGAAAUGAAAUGCAGAGAUCCGACUGAUUUUGUUUUGCUUAGAUAGAGGCAACAGGCUGUGAAGAAGAAACUACUCACAGUAACUAUUUUAAAGUAUGGAAUAAAAAGCAAAAAUGCUGAAGAAACUCAUAACUGGCAGCAUCUGUUAAGAGGGAAACUGUUAAUGUUUUGAGUCCAAUAUGAAUACUACAGAAUUAGCCAUGUUGGACUCGAAACACCAAUUCUGUUUCUCUUUCAAUAGUACUCCCAGACCUGCUAAGCCUCUCUAGCAUUUGGUCUUUUUAUUUCAGGUUUCAGCAAUUGCAUUAUUUGCUUUUAUUUAAAAUAUGGUUGUGGAAUGAUUGUUCAUGUCAAACUAAUUUCUUUAGUUUUAGCAUAUGCAGGCUACAGUGUGCACCUUAUAUUUCUAAUGUCCUUACUGUCAAUACAAGUAGAGAAAUUAUAUAACUUUAAAUUUUCCAGUUUUCUAAAUACAAAUAUUGCUUCUCAAGUUACUUUCACACGUAUGCAUUUUUUAAUCAAAGUGGUGAUCUGCAUACCAAACAAAUGCCAUGUACAUAUUUCAUGCAAAGUAAAUUCAUUUGGAUUGUGACCCUGUUCAAUCUGCCAUAUGUUUAUAUUAUAUGAGUCAAGAUAUUUUGAAUUUGUGUUCUUCAAGUUCUAGCAAGUAUGAAAGAGUAUGCAUGUUAAGAGUGCAUCUGCGACUUGUAUAGUCUUGCAUUUAGUCACUAAAAUUUAUACAAAGCUUCUGGUAAGAUUUGUAUCAACAACUGUUUUCAUUAUGUACUGUAAAAACUUACUGUCAUUCUAUUACAUAACUGCAUCAGUGUAAAUGUAGUCUGUCAUCUGCAACUUGUAUAAUUUCAUAUGUACUGUAGUUAUGUAUUUUACUACCGGGAGCUGUACAGUAGGUAUUUGGUCAAUAGCAUAGUUAAUACUUUCUAAAUGCGCAUCCUGACUAUUCAAUAUCCUUACCACAUUAUGAAUUAAGUAAGCCAUAGAACUGGAAAAUCAAAGAGAGGCCUCACACAGUUGAAACCUACAUGAAUCGCCCUUACUGAAUUGAAGGCUAACACUGUACAUCCACAUGUUUGUCUUUCUUUUUUCACAUGUUCUAAUUUAUUUUUCAGUCAUUUUCAGUUGCUACUUCAGCUUUGACUGUUUUCUGUAGUAACUCACUUAUUUGUAAUGGAUCAAGCCAAACCCAUUUUCAUGCAUUCCUCCAAAGCAUGAAGUUAGAGAUCUCUUUGAGUGAUUGUUCUUGCCCAGUUUCUCACCAGGUUUUAGGAGAUCCUGGAAAGUAGUUCCAAGGCUAAAAGUUCCUCCAAAAUGCAAUAUUUUACAUUUGCUGACCAUGGCAAUUUUCAUGGGUGGUAUGGACCCAUUUAGGAAUAAACUCUUUGUUAGUCAAAGUGCAAAACAUAAUAUUUCUGUGAUUAGAUAUUCUUGACCCAUAAUAGAGUUAGAGGUAAGCAGAAAAGUAGAGCUGAGGAUAUAAUCGGAUCAGCCAUGACCUUAUAAAUGGUGAAACAUGCUUUAGAAGCCAAAUGAUCUAUGACUACUUUGCUCUUUUAACAUCCAAGGUCAUCCUUGUGUAUUUGUUUAUAGCUGUGUAUCCACAUUUUGCUAAUUUACAUAUUUACACCAAAUACGUGAUUAUAUUGGAGAAAACCUAGGUAAGUGUGAACAAUGUGGUCGACUACUUUAGUGAAUCUGAAAAGGCUCCUACAAAAUACUUUGCAUGGAGAUGUUUAUAGGAGCUAGGUUCCAGAAAACGACUUAAUUGCCCCAGCAGAAGGCAGAAAGGAAAUGAUUUGUGCUCACAUUGAGCAACAAAGUCACACAAAAACUACCUCAGCCAUCAGUACGUUUUCAUUGUUUGCACUCCUUCACAAAUAAAAAUCAUUUGUAAUAGUUCCUGUUGAGGUUUUUUGGUGUUGGAUACAAUAUGUGCUAAUUUUAAUUACUUUAAUUCCAUUCUCUGUAUUCUUAUUAAGAAACCUUCACACCAACUUGCAGAGCUUUUUAAUUGAGAUCAAGAAGUAUGUUUUACUAAAAAAUGAUAUGAAAGUCACAUAUUCAGAAAAGUUACACUGUUGAUUUGCAUUAAUUAUAAUGCAGAAAUUUCACAAAACAAAGAAUAAAAACACUUUCUAGAAUAUAUGGAAAUAUACCUUUUUAACUUUUAUGAGCAUGUGAUGUGCAUUUUCACCACGUCCUCUCUCUCUCCGGUCUCAAGUUAUGUAUCAUGCAUCAUCCAGAAAGUAUGUAAGCAUUCUGCCUCUGAGUUCAUCAUCCUAAUAUAAAAAAGUGCUUGUGGGUGACCUACUCCACAUUGCUGAAUGAAGACAUAGCUGAAAACAGUAAGUUAGUUGCAGACCUGGUGGCAAACUAGUGUCUCUGCCUUGGAAUACUUUUGUACAUUGAAAUCCUAAACAGCUGAAAUGCUUCAAAUGCAAGUAUAUCAGAUCUUUUUUGAAUGAAUAUAUUGAAUAACAUGGCAAAUGUUAUUUUUUUAUACAUAAUUGAAAACGUUGGGUUUCCUUCAAAACAUAGCACUCCACAUGUAUAGUCCUCUGCACGAUAGCAGGAUUCAUCUCCAUGCCUUGGUUUCAAAGAGUUCCAUACUGAAAAUAAAAUUCCGCUUUAUUCAGCACGAGUUAGUAAUCCAUUUAAUCUGGCUGAUGAAUUUUUCGGCCUUCCUGUUACUGUACACUCCAAGCAAGUGAAUUCAUGCUAUUUGUGCUAUUGUUAAUACUUUAGUAUGUGUUUGCUGUAAUACAGGUUGGAUUCAUUGUUAAUUCUAAUUAUUAACUGUGAGCUGAUGCAUUCUUCAAGUACCACCAAACCAUUAUCUUGAAAUUUACACUUUUUUUUUAAAAUGGAGAAUUUUGUUUGGUAGGAAUUAGAGGGAAUACACACUUGUAUAGUACUAAGGCAAGCAAAUCAUUGAGGCUUUCAUUGAAGUGUUUAGUGGAGGGACUGAAACGUUUUAAUUUUCCAGUUAUUUGGCUUACUUUAAGGCAAUGGAUAACUACUUUUAAAGAAUGAGGACUACUGCACAUGGUGAGUAACCUACCUUUCUCGUGUAUUAUGUUCUGUAUAUCUACCAAACUCAUUCAUGAUGCUGGAAGCAGGCUGCUUUUUAUGGUAUUGUGCUCAACUGUCAUUACUGUAUAAUAUAAUUUAUCAUUUGUACUAUUGUAACAUAUGUUCUGUAUUUUAUUUUCUAUGUAAUGGUUUUGUAGCAAUUCACACAAAAUCUUAUUGUUUAUGCCAUUUGAACAGCAGAAAAGAUCCAGGGGCCUGUUGCUUAAAUGAUGAAAUUAAAUUGUUGGUAUCUGUUA